GCCCGCCCGUGGGGAGCUGCCCGGCGCGCGGGCGGGGCGCGACCUGAGGGUUCAAGGAAACUUUGUCACCCUGGUCGCGGAUAAAGCAGCGUUCUGCUUGCUGGGCAGCUCACACGGCGGGGACCUGGCCUGCAAGUAGGAACAGGGAGCAGAAUGAGUACCUCACAGGACCAGAGUGGCUGCUCCAGUAAUAAAGAACCCCUUUUGAGGUGUUGUGAUGCACGGAGGGACUUGGAGCUUGCUAUUGGUGGAGUUCUCCGGGCUGAACAGCAAAUUAAAGAUAACUUGCGAGAGGUCAAAGCCCAGAUUCACAGUUGCAUAAGUCGUCACCUGGAAUGCCUUCGAAGCCGUGAGGUGUGGCUGUAUGAACAGGUAGAUCUGAUCUAUCAGCUUAAAGAGGAGACGCUACAGCAGCAGGCCCAACAGCUGUACUGGUUGCUGGGUCAGUUCAAUUGUCUUAUUCAUCAGCUGGAGUGCACCCAGAACAAAGAUCUAGCCAAUCAAGUCUCUGUGUGCCUGGAGAGACUGGGCAGUUUGACCCUCAAACCUGAAGAUUCGACGGUCCUACUCUUUGAAGCCGAUAUAACUGCCCUGCGCCAGGCAAUCACCACGUUUGGGUCUCUUAAGACCAUUCAAAUUCCUGAGCACCUGAUGGCUCAUGCUAGUUCAUCAAAUAUUGGGCCCUUUCUGGAGAAAAGAAGCUAUAUCGCAUUGCCAGAGCAGCAGAAGUCAGCAUCCAGCACCACAGCUGUCCCUCUCAGCGAAUGGCUCCUUGGAAGCAAACCUGCCAGCAGUCGCCAAGCUCCUUACAUACCCAGUACCAAUCUGCAGGACUGGCUCACCCAAAAGCAGACCUUGGAGAAUAGUCAGACUUCUGCCAGAGCCUGCAAUUUCUUCAGUAAAGUCUGGGGCAACCUAAAGGGCUUGGAAAAUUGGCUCCACAAGAGUCAGCAACAAGAAGUUUCUGAAAAACCAAGUUACCAAAAGUGUAACAGCCAUUCUACUACCAGUUCUUACUCCAUUGAAAUUGAAAAGGUUGGAGAUCUAGAGCUGCUUGAUCAAGAUGAGAUGGAGCUUUCUGAUUGGCUGGUGACUCCCCAGGAAUCCCAUAAGCUUGAGAAGCCUGAGAAUGGCAGCUGUGAAACCAGUGAGAAGUUUAAGCUCUUGUUCCAGGUGUUCCAGGAGUCCUAUAGUGUGAAUGAUUGGCUUGUCAAGCCUGAUUCUUGUACCAAUUGUCAGGGUAACCAGCUCAAAGGUGUGGAGAUUGAGAACCUGGGCAAUCUGAAGUGCCUGAAUGACCACUUGGAGGCCAAGAAACCCUUGUCCACUCCCAGCAUGAUUACUGAGGAUUGGCUUGUCCAGAAUCAUCAAGACCCAUAUAAAGUAGAGGAGGUCUGCAAAGCCAAUGAGCCCUGUACAAGCUUUGCAGAGUGUGUGUGUGAUGAAAAUUGUGAGAAGGAAGCUCUGUGUAAAUGGCUUCUGAAGAAAGAAGGAAAGGAUAAAAAUGGUAUGCCUGUGGAACCAAAACCUGAACCUGAGAAACAUAAAGAUUCCCUGAAUAUGUGGCUCUGUCCAUCCAGAAGAGAGGCAACAGAACAAGCUAAGGCACCAAAGGCAAUGGCUUCUUCUAGAAUUGCUGAUUCCUUCCAAGUCAUAAGGAACAGUCCCUUGUCAGAGUGGCUCAUUACCCCCUCAUGCAAAGAAGGAUGUCCCAAGGAAGUGCCUCUUAGAGAGGACAGAGCUGGCAUACCAAAGCUUACAAGCCACUUGGCCACUUCCUGGUGUCCCUUUAACACAGCUGACUGGGUCUUGCCAGGAAAAAAGACAGGAAAUCUUAGCCAGUUAUCCUCAGGAGAAGACAAAUGGCUACUUCGGAAGGCCAAGGAAGUAUUACUUAAUUCGCCCCUACAGGAGGAACACAGCUUUCCCCCAGACCGUUACGGCCUCCCAGCAGUUUGUGAUCUCUUUGCCUGUAUGCAGCUUAAAGUUGAUAAAGAAAAAUGGUUGUAUCGAACUCCUCUACAGAUGUGAAGGAAUGGAGUACUGGAGUCAAGCAAAUUUUCUGCAGAUUAGCACAAAUCCAUGAGCUGAGUAACUGCGGCUUGCCAAAUCAUUGCGUUUCUGGGUCUGAUGUAGUUCCUUUUCUGCCUAAUUUUGAACUAGUGAAGAGAAAUAAUCAAAUUAUGAGUUACUGUGUAAAAGAAAAAGGCUGUUUGUUGAUGUUGAGGUGAUUCAGUUCCUUCUUACAGAAGUAUUAAUUCACCCCUACACUAGAAACACAGCAUCAUAGUGGGUAGGUCUUUUUCAUAAGCCUCCACGGCUCCUUAGUUUGGGUUGUUAUUAGAAGUACAUUAAAGCACUGUAGUUUUAAAAAUGAAAUAGUUUUAUAAUCAAGGUGUGUUGAUGUAUUCUGAAACUAGUAAACUUACUUUUUUUUUUUUUUUUUUAA